GAGGUCAGCGAAUCCGGCGACGAAUAUCCGCCACUAAUAACUCUAGCUCAGGUAAGGAUUUGUGUCCAUGGCAGCUUUGCAAACGCCUCGGGAAUGGAUCGGUAUCCAGCAGUUCCCACCUGCUACUCAAUCUAAAUUGCUCGAGAUCCUUGGGAAGUUUAAAGAAGAGGAUGUGAGCUCGCUAACGGUCCUUGUAAUGGGGAAAGGCGGUGUCGGAAAGUCAUCAACUGUGAAUUCAGUUAUAGGAGAGAAAGCUGCUGCAGUUAGUACUUUCCAGUCUGAAGGACUGAGGCCUACCUUGGUCUCCCGCUCUAGAUCGGGAUUUACAUUGAAUAUCAUUGACACUCCUGGUCUUAUUGAGGGAGGAUAUGUGAAUGAUCAAGCCAUCAACAUUAUAAAACGAUUCCUCCUCAACAUGACUAUAGAUGUGCUACUAUAUGUAGACCGUUUGGAUGUAUAUCGGGUGGAUGACCUUGAUAGGCAAGUUGUCAGUGCUAUAACCGAUGCAUUUGGAAAAGAGAUAUGGAAAAAGUCUGCUCUUGUUCUCACACAUGCUCAGUUCUCUCCGCCAGACGGGUUAAAUUAUAAUAGCUUUGUCUCCAGAAGAUCUGAUGCUCUUUUAAAAGUUAUCCGUACAGGCGCCCAACUGAAGAAACAGGAUUUGCAGGGUUCAUCUACACCCAUCAUUCUUGUUGAGAACAGUGGAAGAUGUCAUAAGAAUGACAGCGAUGAAAAGAUUCUUCCAGACGGGACUAGUUGGAUUCCCAAUCUGCUCAACACAAUCACAGAGAUCUCUUUUAAUGGCAACAAGGCGAUUCACGUUGACAAAAAACUGGUGGAAGGGCCAAACCCAAAUCAAAGAGGAAAGAGACUGAUUCCUUUGAUCUUUGCAUUCCAAUACUUGUUGGUGAUGAAGCCAUUGGUUCGAGCAAUCAAGUCCGAUGUUACUAGAGAGAGUAAACCGGCGUGGGAGCUGCGGGACUCCGGUUUAGCAAGUCGAAGAUUUUACUGUCGCAAAGUUUUCUUAUCUUCUUUAACCUCUCGGUGCGAUUGUGUAGUCAAACCAGAUCAAAUGUCGGCAUCAACGGUGUCGAUCACCGCUAAUACGGCGGCGGCGACUAGACGGACGCCGAUUCUUGCCGGAGAGAAAAAAUCAAACUUUGAUUACCCGCAAAGCGAAUCGCUUGCGAACGGUGGUGGUGCUGGGGAAGCCGGUGGUACGAGCAGAGAUCUGAGCCGCGGUGAGGCUAUCGUUGAUCGAUCUCACGGUCAAGAUUUGGGUCCUGUGACGAGGAGGUCUGGUUCCGCUGCGACGGGGACUAAUACCACCAACACGCAGCGCCGGACGCGGAAGGUUGCGACUCCUAAGCCUGAGAAAGCGCGGUGGAAGACAGUGGUGAGGAUAUUUGCAAAGCAGCUUGGGGCACUUCUGAUCAUUGUUGGGUUAAUUCAAUUGACGAGGAAGAUGAUUCUGAAGGCUUCUUCUCCGUCCUCUCCGAUUUCUUCUUAUGAAACGGGGAUGGCGUUUUCUGGAUUAGAAAGUCGAAUUGCGGAAGUUGAUGGUCUUGUUAAGGCCACGACGAGUACUAUGCAGGUUCAAGUUGAAUUACUUGAUAAGAAGAUGGAGAGGGAAGCAAAAGCUCUGAGGCAAGAAAUCGAGAGGAAAGCUUCUGCAUUUCAGAGUGAGUUGAAGAAGAUAGAAUCUAGAACUGAGUCACUAGAGAAGUCAGUAGAUGAAGUAAAUGCUAAACCUUGGGUGACGAAAGAUGAGUUAGAGAGGAUUUAUGAGGAACUGAAGAAGGGUAAUGUGGAUGAUUCUGCUUUUAGUGAGAUUAGCAUUGAUGAGUUGAGGGCUUAUGCUCGUGACAUUAUGGAGAAAGAGAUUGAGAAACAUGCUGCAGAUGGCCUUGGCCGAGUUGAUUAUGCAUUGGCUUCUGGUGGUGCUUUUGUGAUGCAGCAUUCAGAUCCUUAUCUUGUUGGAAAAGGGAGUAGCUGGUUUGCGACUACCAUGCGACGCGCUCAUACCAAUGCGGUGAAGAUGUUAUCUCCGAGUUUUGGGGAGCCUGGACAGUGUUUUCCUCUGAAAGGUAGCGAUGGUUAUGUGCAAAUCAGGCUGAGAGGACCAAUCAUACCAGAGGCUUUCACAUUGGAGCAUGUAGCUAAGAGUGUAGCUUACGACAGAUCGAGUGCUCCAAAAGAUUGCCGUGUAUCAGGAUGGCUGCAAGGACAAGGAAAAGGACUGGAAUCCUCAGCGGAGAAUGAGAACAUGCAACUUCUAACAGAGUUCACUUACGACCUAGAUAGGUCGAACGCACAAACAUUCAACAUCUUAGACUCAUCAAACUCUGGUCCAAUCGAUACUGUCAGGCUAGACUUCACCUCCAACCAUGGAAGCGACUCGCACACUUGCAUCUACCGGUUCAGGGUUCACGGGCGUGCAUCAGACCCGGUCCCUGUUGUGGAAACGAGUCUUGAUCAGGACUCUUCACCUGGAAGUGAAUAAACCUCUUCUGUAUUGUAACAUUCCUUCAUCCACAUCUCUUUUGUUGCUUGUUUUUUUUUUGGAAAGAAAAAGAAAGCAUCAGAUUCUGUGAUUAGACUAGUAGAGAGUUGUUUGAUUUGAUUCGUCUUCUUUGUGUUACCUUUUGGUUUAUUUGGUUGCAGAAUACAUAAAUCAAGAAAUCCAAAUGAUUUUG